AACUGCAAGAUUUUGGUCAUUUCCUGUAAAAUAUGGGCAUUGAUGAAAAAUUGAAAAGAUAUGAAAAAAUUGACUUUCUUGGAGAAGGACAGUUUGCUACAGUAUAUAAGGCUAAAGACUUGGAGACAGGAAAUAUUGUUGCUGUGAAAAAGAUAAAAGUUGGUACCAGAGAGGAAGCUGCAGAUGGUAUAAACAGGACAGCAUUGAGAGAAAUAAAACUUUUACAAGAACUUAAACAUCACCAUAUUAUAGGUUUACAAGAUGUAUUUGGACACAGAUCAAAUGUCAGUUUAGUAUUUGAUUUCAUGGAUACUGAUUUAGAGAUAAUAAUUAAAGACAAUACAAUCGUACUGACACCUGGUCACAUAAAAUCCUACAUAUUGCAGACAUUAAAAGGUUUAGAAUACCUUCAUCAUCACUGGAUUCUACACAGAGACUUGAAACCCAAUAAUUUAUUAAUCAAUGAUCAGGGCUUACUGAAAUUGGGAGAUUUUGGUUUGGCCAAAUUUUUUGGAUCACCAUCAAGAGUAUAUACCAAUCAAGUGGUUACUAGAUGGUAUAGAUGUCCAGAACUGUUGUUUGGAGCAAGGCAAUAUGGGACUGGUGUAGACAUGUGGGCAGUUGGGUGUAUACUGGCAGAGCUUUUACUCAGGGUACCAUUUCUACCAGGAGAUUCAGAUUUAGACCAGUUAAGUAGAAUAUUCCAGAUGCUAGGUACACCAUCUGAUGAGACAUGGGCAAGUAUGAAAGAUUUACCAGACUAUGUAAAGUUUAAGGUAUUCCCUGGAUAUGAUCUAAAAGAUGUGUUUAUAGCUGCUACCGAAGAUUUAUUGUGUUUAAUGAAAAAAUUACUGGCCAUGGAUCCACUACAGAGAUGUUCAGCUACAGAGUCACUGAAAAUGGACUACUUUAGUAACAAACCUCCACCAACACCAGGUCAUUUAUUACCUAAAGCAGGAAAACCACCAGAGACAAAACCAAACUUAAAACGCAAAUUCCAGGGACAAGAUUCAGUUGGUUUGGUAAAGCGACUUCAAUUCUGAGAAAGGCAUAAAGCAGGUUGGAUUGGAUCUUAAAUCAUACAAAUAUCUAGGAUUACGCCUGGACCCAUAUAAGCAGAAAGAAAGUAGUACAUGAACAAGGAGCCAGUCUUUCAGUUCAAAGACGAGUUUACUGUAAUAAAAUAAAACAAUUUCCUAAGAAGCUGUUAAACUAAAUUAAUUGGUGCAUUAUUGUUGGUUGUUAAUAAAUGUAUACUCUUUUGUAAACCUUUUUUUAUUUUGGAUGUAACGCGUCUUCUGAUUGGCUGACGUUGUUUUGUUUAUCAGCUCAUAGACAUAAUUUUGUCAUGUGACCGUGACGUCAUCAACGUUUUUUCAUGGUUUACUCCGGUUUAAAAUGGAAUUCAGAAUUAAAUUAUAAGAAAUGACUCUAAUAUUUUUUUCUGUCUAUUCGAAAUAACAUAAAAAAUGUGGUGCACACUUUAAAAUAACCCGCUACGCGGGUUAAUCAGUGUGCACCACAUUUUUGAUGUUAUUUCUUCAUAGACAGAAAAAAUAUUACAGUCAUUCCUUAAAUAUUUAUUUUAAUUAGCAUUUCAUUGAAGAUGAGAUUUGGUUGUUAUUUUCUAGUGGUGGCAAUGUAACAAGUUUGAAAAGAUUCUUAUUUUUUAUCUUCCUAGCUUCUUAUCAAUAAUUGCUCAAUUAUAUAGAGUUAAUUUCUCAGAAAGGUCUAUUAACUUUUGUUGACCUAACUUCCAUCUAUAUUGUUUUCUGGAGAAGGUCAAAAUUUCAAAAAAAUUGUGGUCCCAACCAACAUAGUUUCUUUUCAGGUGCCAGAAAUUACCCAUUGUAUUUUAGGACAAAAUUACAAUAUAAUUUGACAGUGCCUGUAAAAUUUAUUCAUUGCUUAUCUAGAAAUAGGGCGAUUUACACUUGACAUAGUAAAGGCACAUAACUAUUGUGGAAGAAUAAAAUUGUUGCCCUCGAAA